GUUACCCUGGAAAAAAAGCUUUGGACUGCGAGAAGGACUCGCGAUGUCGUUGAGGGUCUCUCUUAGCCUCGCAGGCCCGUUCCGACGAUAAUGUGGGGGAAGAUCCUUUGGGGCCCAUCCCAAGCUGCUUGGAGGAAAGCCAUCCAGGAAACACCUUCAGGGAUCUACCGAGGAUUGCGCGCUCUCCCCCCCCACUCUCCCCGACCCACCCACUCACCCACCCACCUUCCUCUGCCAACCGGCCCUCCCCUGUUCGCACCUCGCCUCCUUCCCUUCCCCUUCCCCCUCCCCUCCUCCCCCUCCCUUCCCCCCAACCCCGGUCGCCGCAACUUUUCUCUCGCAUGAGCUCCUUCUCACGGAUUUGCCAUUCGGAUGUCGCCUUGUUUGGAACGGCGCUCGGAGUCACUUUGAACCCCCCGGUGGCGCGGCGGCGGCGGCAGCUGCCUCGGUCUCUCCUCCUCUUCCUCUUCCUCCUCCUCCUCCUCCUCCUCCUCCUCCUCCUCCAGUGCUAUGACAGGCAAACUCGUGGAGAAGCUGCCAGGGACCAUGAACGCUUUGAUGAACCAGUUGCCUGACAAUCUGUACCCGGAGGAGAUACCCAACUCUCUCAACAUUUUCUCCGGCAACGGCGAGGCAACGGUGGCUCACUAUAAUAACCAGAUGGCGACAGAAAUCCCGGGCAAGUUUGUAAAGGUCCCAUGGAGGUCCCCGACCGCGUCGGUGGGGUGGGAAAGCGCCUGGAGAGACAAGCAGACAGGCAGACAGACCGACCAGUUCGCUCUCGGCAGUCUGAGAACUUCAGAUAAUGUUAUGGAUAUUGGUUUAGCCAACGACAAGGUCGGCCAAGACUUGUCCUCUUACUCGGGCUCCUUCCAGCCCGCUCCUGGGGGCAACAAGACGGUGACCUACCUGGGCAAGUUCGCCUUCGACUCGCCGUCCAACUGGUGCCAAGACAACAUCAUCAGCCUGAUGAGCAGCGGCAUCCUGGGAGUACCGCCGCCUUCCUCCAGCGCCCAGGCCUCGACGGGCAGCAUGGUGCAAGCGCAGAGCCAGGCCGAAGUGGACGGCAUGUACCCGGCGCUGCCUCCUUACUCCACCUGCGGCGACCUUUACCCGGGAGACCCGGUGUCCUUCCACGACCCGCAGGGCAACGCCGCCGGCUUGGCUUACCCCACGCAGGACUACCAAGGAGCUAAACAGGCCGGGGGUCUGGAUGGCAAUCUCUUCCCUAUGAUCCCGGAUUAUAACCUCUAUCACGGGCAUCCCAACGACCUGGGCAGCCUCCCAGAGCACAAACCUUUCCAGAACCUGGACCCAAUCCGGGUCAACCCGCCUCCCAUCACCCCACUGGAGACCAUCAAAGCCUUCAAGGACAAGCAAAUCCACCCGGGUUUCGGCAGCCUCCAGCAGCAGCCGCCGCCGCUCACCCUUAAGCCCAUCCGACCGCGCAAAUACCCCAACCGGCCCAGCAAGACCCCUCUCCACGAGCGGCCUCACGCCUGUCCGGCCGAAGGCUGCGACCGGCGCUUCUCGCGCUCCGACGAGCUGACGCGGCACCUGCGCAUCCACACGGGCCACAAGCCUUUCCAGUGCCGCAUCUGCAUGCGCAGCUUCAGCCGCAGCGACCACCUCACCACCCACAUCCGCACGCACACCGGCGAGAAGCCCUUCGCCUGCGAGUUCUGCGGGCGCAAGUUCGCGCGCAGCGAUGAGCGCAAGAGGCACGCCAAAAUCCACCUCAAGCAGAAGGAGAAGAAAGCUGACAAGGGACCUGCCGCUUCCACCACGGGGUCCGGCCUUGGCGGGCCCUCCGGCUCGGCCGCCGUCUCGGCCCUGGCCCCCGUAGUUACUACCUGCGCGUGACGCUGCCCCCGCCGCCCCGACGGCUCCCAGUGCCUCCCGAGCCAGGCUGCCUUUGGUUGCGACCUCGCGCAAAACCCGCGCAGCGGGAGCGGCUCCUGGCCAAGUCCGGCUCGGGCUCCCGUUUGAAGUGUGGGGUGUGUGUGGGGGGGGGAGGGGAGGUGGGGUGCCUCGGCGCGCCCGCUUCCCGUUGGCCACCGGCCAGUCGCUGGUGGGAAGGGAGGCUUGGAACUUUUCCGCGGGAUCGUCUUGAUCCUAAGCGGGCUCAGAAGGAAUUGUGGGGAAGCGGCGGCUGCGCUGCUUCUCUAGGAGGAACUGCCGGAGUGGAGGGAGGUGGGGGGGAGAAAGGCGGAGGUGUCGGGUUGGGUUUGGAUCUGGCUGACAGGUGUAAUUGAGGGGCACGCGGUUGGAUGCGGGGCAUCCCCUUGGAUUCUUUCAGGCCCCCCCCCCGCGCAACACACACGCCCUCGCCCUCCUCCCCUCCCCUUCUCUCGCCAGAAGGCGCCCUUUCCCCUAAGCGUCCCCUCUUUCUUCUCCCUCUCUAGAGGGGGGGGGGCACCAAAGCUCAGCGCCUGCUGCCCGUGGAGACCGUGUCUGCCUGCAUGCGUGUGGAAAUGUGUGCGUGGCUGCGCGUGCGUUGGGCCCCUUGAGCUGAACUGGACUGUUUGCACCCUUAGAAUUCAUCCUGCUCUCCCUCCCUCCCUCCCCCACCACCACUUUAUCUUCUCUUCCCCCUCCCCCACCUUUCCCCAAUAACUGAGAGUAGCUGGGGAGGGGGGAACAACCCAAGGUCGCUUUUGCAUCCCCCUCUCCCCACCAAAAAAAUCGCUGGAUCUUUACAAAAAAAUGCGCAGGACUGGGAGGUGGGGCUGGGCUGGCGUCUUUCCUCUUGUCUCUCUCGACCCUUCGGGUAGCUGCCUGCCGAUCUGCUUUCGCCUUCCUAGGCAGCGCCUUUGCCACUGCUAUUUGGGGGUAGCUCCAGUUCUUCCUGGUUUCUAAAGAGUAAACCCCCCCCACCCCCGCCUUUCCCCCUGUUCUCCCAGGCUGCUGUCCUCUGCUUUGCUCCUCUCCCAUCCCAGCUUAACUUGUAAGUCCCUGACCCAGGUCGAAGCAAAGACCCAAACAGCAGCAGACUCCUUUUCCUUGGGGGUCCUGUCUUCCUUCUGGCCCUCCACUGCCCCUGGCCACCUGGAGGGAUGGCUGAAAUGGCCUGCCAUCCUCCUCCUCCUCCUCCUCCUCCUCCUCCUCCUCCUCCUCCUCCUCCUCGCAUUGGGGUCCUUUAGUUAGAAGUUGGGCAUUGUGUGACCUAAAACCUUUGGGGAGGGGGGGGAGAGAGAGAGAGAGAGAGAGAGAAUAGUUGGGCUACUCCAAACUGUAAUUUCUCCAAGGCAGGGAUAAGAACUGAUGUAAGCCUGUUUUGGAUGAUCAGGCCAAUCCCCCCCUCCCUCCCUCCCUCGGGUCACUCACUCACUGAUGGUACCCAUGAAUGUAGUGGCUAGAGAGAGAGCCCCCCCCAAAAAAUGGAAUUCGGAGGGGGAGAGUUUCUCUCAACUUCCCUCUACCUUGAAUGUAUUUCCUGAUCCUCUUCUCUGGUUUAUUUUCCUCCUGGGACUUGGUUACUCCGAGAGGGAAAUGCGAUGAUCCAUUGUUUGAAGAGUCACUUUAUGUACUCCACUCCAUUACCCUUCUAUUCCUUUUUCAAAGCGCUGUGUGCGUGAAUGCGAGAGAGAGAGAGAGAGAGAGAGAGAGAGAGAGAGAGAGAGAGAGAGAGAGAGAGAGAGAGAGAGUGUAUGUGUGUGUAGUGAAUGUAUUCAAUCCAGCCGAACUAUGAAAGUGUUCAAACCACCCUUACAAAUUGAUGGCGGAGGGAAGGGCAUGGAUUAGCUAUUUCCAGAUCCUUCUAGCUCUCCCUGGAAAUGCUCAUUUUUAAGAAAGAGGGCUACUCUGUAAGAAUUUGGGGUGACGUUUUUUUUUAAGGGGGAAAAAAAACCCAACCCCAUUGUUUUCAAAAAAUGCAGGAAAAAAAAAACCCCAACAACCACCAGUGUUUUAAUGCAUACUUUUUAUAAUGUUAUUUUGGGAGGGUUUUGUUCUGUUUGGGGAUCAUUUAAACCGAAGGGGAGAGAAGUUUUUUUUGUUUUUCACCCUCUUCUUCCGGUACGUGCAUGUCACUGCAUGUCUUGCUCUAUUUUUUUUUUCCUUUUGUUUGUUUUAAUAAAAAUGCUCAGAUAUUUAAGCAAAACAAUGAUAAUAAUUAUUAAAAAAAAAAAAAACUUGUU